CUGUAGGCGCUAUUUGCCCAGACGGAGAGGACCGUCCUGCUGCUGUUCCUCUGCGGUAUCCUCCGUUUCUUUUCUCCGUGCUCCGUGUGUGCCCGCGUCCUGAGCUUCUCCCAGCAUGCUCCUGGUGCGUUUCUGAAGCGGCCGCGUGAACAUUUGAAGCGGACAAAGUGAAAUGCAUCCCCGGGGCGCUGAACCUGUUCCAUCCCGCACACAAAGCCUGUGAAGCAGGCCGUGUUUUUUCCUCUCACGGGCAACGCGCUGAUGAUGCUCAAACAUGUCGGGGAAUCAGUACAAAGGCCAGGAGGUCAGCUGCUGCAUCAAAUACUUCAUUUUUGGAUUCAACAUCCUGUUCUGGCUGCUGGGCAUGGCCUUGGUUGGAAUUGGACUGUGGGCAUGGAGUGAGAAGGGGGUUCUGUCCAACAUCUCGUCCAUCACAGACCUGGGGGGCCUGGACCCAGUCUGGCUCUUCAUGGUGGUCGGGGGGGUCAUGUUCAUUCUGGGCUUUGCAGGAUGCAUCGGAGCUCUCCGGGAAAACAUGUUUCUGCUCAAGUUUUUCUCGGUGUUUCUGGGGAUUAUCUUUUUCUUGGAGUUGACAACGGGAGUUCUGGCGUUUGUCUUUAAGGACUGGAUUAAAGACCAGCUCAACCUGUUCAUCAACAAUAACAUCCGAGCGUACCGGGACGACAUCGAUCUACAGAACCUUAUCGAUUUCACUCAGGAAUAUUGGGAGUGCUGCGGUGCGUUCGGAGCAGACGACUGGAACCUGAACAUCUAUUUUAACUGUACCGAUGGGAAUCCCAGUCGGGAAAAGUGUGGAGUUCCCUUCUCCUGCUGCACCAAGGACCCAGCGGAGGAUGUAAUAAAUACUCAGUGUGGAUACGACAUUCGAGCGAAACCUGACUCUGAGCAGAAGGACUACAUCAAUGUGAAAGGCUGCGUGCCGCAGUUUGAGAAGUGGCUACAGGACAACCUUACCUUGGUGGCUGGGAUCUUUAUCGGAGUUGCACUACUGCAGAUUUUUGGGAUUUGUUUGGCCCAAAACUUAGUGAGCGACAUCGAAGCUGUGCAGGCGAGCUGGGUGCCCCCCCCUCUCUCCAUGCGUCGACUCCCACCACACUCCAGCAAGAAAGCAUCGGCUUACUACUCAUGAGACACACACACACACACACGCUGUAUGUGUGUUUGUAGCCGUUUCUUUACCUAAUGCUGAAGCAGCAUUUCACUUCUAACAGCUCCAGGUCUUUGAACACGCCUCCUUGAACAGAGGACUUCACCGAUCACCUGCACCAUUUUGUUCUCGGACCCAGCACCUUUUUUCAAGGCACUAAUAUGUGAAAUCCUCUGUAUAUAACACUGUGUGACUACUGUAAAACGUCGGCGAGGAUGGUUAAACAUGCACUACAUGCAGAUUGUCACAUUGCUCCAGUUUUUAAUAGCUACGUGUAGAGUAGGAGUUUUGAUACAUCUUUUUGAUAUUAGAUUGGUAUUUUUCACUGUGGAAAUAACGCUCCAUUGCUACAACCAUCAUGUAGGACUGUGAAAUACUUGUGUACAAGAAACUGCAGAUCUGUUAUAAAGUUCAGUGCUUGCUUUAUGUAUCUUUCCACCACUUGCCCAGGACUGAGGCUGUGGUGGGCCAUGUCACGAAAGUCCCUGAAAGUCAGGAAAUGGGCGCUGGUUUUGAAGUAAAAGCAGGAUAUCCUUUUUUUUCUCAAAAUAACCCUUUUAGGAUUUUUGUGUUUUCCACCAUGACUUCUUCAGCUAUAUAAAUACCCAUUUAAAGCUGGGGUAGGCAAUGUUGGAGAACUUGCAAGGGACAGCUAAAUUGUGAAAGUAACCAACUGAGGAAAUCCGAUUCGAACUCAUCCAGCAUUAAAGAGGCGAUGACCACAAAUGACUUCCACUGUUUAGCAUAAUGUGUUUCUACUUAACUAAUGGACUAAGGUAUCAUAGUUAAUUUAGUGAUGGAGUAUUGUGUUUCCCACUAACACUAGGUAGCUCCAUUGUGUGCUACAAAUUCUCAGAACCAUGGUUGAAUGUGUAAUGGCAUCAUAUUUAGGUCUGGGUAUCAAACGUCAAUACAUUUUUGGUAUUGACUGCUAUGUGUGUGUUGCACAGAGCCCAGUGAACUAUGGCAAUGCAUGUGUGUCCAGAUACUUAAAUCGGAUAUCAACUGAGUUAUUUUUCAGUUCAUGUUUGGUUAUGUUACUUGGGAGAACGGCUACUUGUGUUUAGCUCUAUGGAUAGGUUCAAAUUUCGUCAAGUCUAUUUCAGUACAAUAAAAUUAAUAUUAUGAUGCCGUCUGUGCGGAAGCAGUUUAGUUGCUUUAAUCAUUCCUCCUCUCAAUACUGGCUGUGAAACUAUCACGUUGUAGUGUGACUACAUGAUAUCCAUGUGAAAAUGCUUUCCAGAGCUCAAAGCUGAAGCAAAUGUGAGGCUUUAACAGUUGAAGUUAGCCAAAUCAACUAGUGACUACUUUGUCUGGGCAGUCAUAUUUAGGUUUAACAUAAUGCCCACGCCAAGUUCUUGAGCUUUUACAGAGGAGCAAUAGAAAGCAUCCUGACUGGAAACAUCACUAACAUGGGAUGUGCACGGCCCAGGACCGGAGGGCUCUGCAGCGGGUGACUAAAACUGCUCAGAAGAUCACUGGUACCCAUCUCCUGAGCAUCAGUGAUAUCGGUGAGGUGAGGUGCCUGCAGAGCCCAGAGGAUAUUAAAAGACACAGCCUGUUCCCCCUGCUGCCUUCUGGCAAGAAAUACAGAAGUAUCUGCUGUUGUAACAGCAGACUGCAGAGCAGCUUUUUUUUUUUGCCCCAAGCUGUGGGACUAAAUUCAAAUUCAUCCUCAGCACUGCUCCAUGCAAAAUAGUUUAUUUCUGUUUACCACCCUGCUUUGUAGCAGAAGGGAACUACUAACUGCAUUUCAUUUUACAAACUUGUUGUAAUGUGAUGAUUAAAUCUACCUUAUUUACUGCUGGUGUUUUGUCCCAGUAACUAAAAACAUCCCAACUUUGGAAGAUACAUAUGCUGUUUGGCUAACAUACUGCUAAAGCUUCAUGUUAGCUUCAGCUAUACUUUGACUGCAUUCUUGCACAAAACGAGGACAGUAGUUUUUCAUACAUUUCUUACAUUGGAGUCAUGCUACAAAGUGAUUUCUUCUCAACCACUUUGGUCAGGAAGAAUGAUGAAUAUGAAGAGGGGAUUUAAAGCUGAACUCCUUUCUAUUAGAUUUUUUUUUUUAAAGAGUUUAUAUUUCUCAAAGUAAGACACUGAAAAAGAAAGGUUUUGACAAUUGUACCCAAGUAUAAUAUCAGCGCUAGCACAGGUAUUGGAAACUUUGGCUUAUUACACUACAUCCCAUAGGAAGAAGUCAUUGUCAUUCUUAGACAGUUCUGAGAGUAAAUUGCACCUUUUUUUUCAUUUUGGAGACUUGAAAAGGUCUGGAUAAAUGUGGGGAAAAGCGUGUUCGUGUCCUCAUAUGCAUGACGUAUGACCACAAAAUGUAUGUAGCUAAUACCCCCAACUGUCAUUUCAUUUCACAUGUUGCUUAUAACCGUCACCACGAGGUUAUGUUACUCCUCGGGUUUCACAAAGUGUGGUGGUUAGAGCAACGAGUCAUUUGUCUUUGGUGUGGAUCUGAAAAUUUUAACAGACCAUUUCGGGAGAUGGGCAUUUUUGGACACCGUACAUGGUUUUCUCAUACUAACACCUCAUAUUUUCACUUUUUCCACAUUUUUGACGCUGAUCUGAUCAGUAUGCACAGUAUUGAAUGAAGAAAAUAUUUGAGAUUUAAGAGAUUAAAUCUGGAAUUUGAAAAAGCUAAGUGUUCAGAUGUUGAUUUUAAUCGGUGUUUCUUUUGCUGUUUUAAAGUGAUUCAUUGCUCCAAGCAUGCAUCACUUGUUUUAUUUGUAGCAAAGUAUUUGCAGUAUUUUUAAGUAUGUCUCCUCGGCCUGUCCAGCUUGAUAUUGUGGGAUGCAUUCUGAAAGUGUGACUUGUGUGCUACGUAAAAAGGGAUUAACAAUAUUUACUGUACAUUUGAUUUGGUUUUAGAACUCGCAAAACAUUCAGUCCUACUGAAGCAGAUUUGUCACUACAGAUAGAGUUUAUGCAGCAGGUUUAGGAGGUUGUAAAAUGCUCUGAGGUGUUGCUGUACAGGCCUCUCACUCAUCACUACCUGUACUGCUUUCAACGAUUGUUUAGAUGAUCACAGUAAAUCCCACAAACAUUGUAAUGGUACUACCUCCUCUAAUUUACCUGUCUCAUGUCCUGUUAAAAUUGGACUGGUUUUAAUAUUAAGUCAAAUUAAUUAAUAAAGGUGACAAAAUGUUGA